CAUAACUGCUGAUGCUACGACGACGAAAGUGACAGCCAGGGUGCUCUUUUCUAACAUGUUGCUUAUGCAGCUCCCCGCUCAAGGCGUUGAGGUAGACGAAGCAAAUAUCGAUGCACUUCUCAAAUCAGCCACCCGGUAGGUGUAAGAUAAUCGCUGGACCCUGGAAUAAUUUAUCGUCCUUCUCCAAAAACGAACGAAUCACACGACGUGUGGAGCUGAUUGCCUACAGUUGAAUUUCUUAAUUACGUUAGCAGUGCCCAACUUAAUGAUCGAGCAUCGCUCCGCUUGACAUCGGAUGAGGUUUUAGAUUCUUCAUGGGUUGGAUAUGACAGCGCUUAACUUUGUUCUCAGAUGGGUUCGUGGGCACUGGCUUUUGAAGCGUGGGAAGUCUUUUAGCGCCACUUUGUUAUCACACCUUGCUUACCUUUACCAGAGGGUGGCGUCAACGCGUACUAAUUACUGAUGACUAAAAGACAUCUGAUAUGGUCUAUCGACAGUAGGGGCACUUACCGGCGCUUUUCUGAAGAUGGCCUUGCGAGGGUCUGCGCUGAGAUUCUUUUCAUUGUCUGUCUCCAUCUCUGGGUUGGCCUCAUGGUGUCGAUGUGUGGCACCAGGAUCGUGCCCUAUUAGCUGCUACUUCCCCAACACUUCCCUCUAGAAUUUCCUCUGCAGGCUUUACCCAUUCACGGCGCGUUGCCUUGAUUCAUUUUGGCAGCAAGAAUGUGGCGUCAUUUCUACGUGAAAUAUCUCCUAUAUCAUUCCUGCCCCCAUAUUUUUCCUUUACGGACGGCCCGUUAG